AUAAUUGUCAAAAUUUUUUGUCAAAAAGUUAAUUUUAAAUUACCUUCAAAAAAUUUAAGUGUCUCGUUUCAUUUUCUAAAUUUUCGUUUGCGAAAUUAUUACCCACAUCAAGUUAAAAAUGGCAUGCGGAUAUAAUUCAAAAUCUCAAACAAGAAAAUCAUUAUUGGAUGAUCUAAAAGCUCUAGUUUGCAAACUAGAUGGUUGUCCUCCCUCCGGUUCAUGUGCACCAUGUGGCCCAUGUGGACCAUGCGGUCCGUGUGUACCUAGUCCCGCGUUUUGUCCAGGAACUUGCCCACCAGCGACGAAAGCAGUGCCUGUUGGUUGUUGUGGACCUGUAUGCAUUCCGCCUGCCUGUGUUCCUCCAUGUCUGCCAAUCUGCACUCCAGUUCCACCUGCUGCUGUACCUCUGUGUAAUCCUAAUCAAGGGCCUCAACCAUGUGUACCAUGUAAUCCUCCUCAGAUGAUGGUUGCAUACAGAAUGCCCAAGUGUAUCCCUUGUACCAGGUCCAAAUCUCGGGAACUUCGUGCUAGUAUUCUAUAUAUUGGUUGCGACUGUGAAAGAAAAAAUGGACUUCAAGAUGAUUGUCCCAGAGUUGAGUGCCAAGGAGCUCCAUGCUGUAUUAAUUGCCCUGAGCCCAGAUGCGGACCUAGUGCUUUUGCUAACGGUAAACAUUUAGGAAAAUCAGUUUGUGGUAUGGAAGAUCUAGAAAAAUACCAAUGUUAUCCAGCCUUCGUAAGACUUCCACCAUGCCAACCAUGCGGACCCUGCCCUCCUUGUGGGCCAUGCGCACCUUGUGGCCCAUGCGCACCUUGUGGUCCAUGUGCACCUUGUGGUCCAUGUGCACCUUGCGGUCCACCUUGCUCACCUUGUCCGCCGUGCCCACCACCGCAGGUUCCAUUAAUUGCAGCUGCCCCACCUCCACCUUGCUGUCCACCACCAUGUCCACCUCCAGUACCUGUUGGAAAAGUCUGCCCAGUUUCACCAGCUGUUCCGAUUCCAGCCUGCCCUCCACCAGCACCUUGUGCACCUUUUGCUCCAUGUAUACCACCAUUUGCUUGUCCGUCUCCAUGUCUGCCGUGUCCGUGUUAAUUUUUUAUCAGUACAAAAAUCGUGUCCACCGUGUCCAUGAAAUGGAAAUUGGUAUCUGUACAAUUGUUUUUGAGAGUCCUUGUUAUUGUAGUGAAUAAAGAUGGUUUUAAAUCAAUG